AAGGAAAUGCUUCUAAAACCGCAAGAUCAAUCACAGUUGAAGCUUGCCACAAACUUCAGUAUAAAGAGUUUGAAGCGGCGAAGGAACUGUAACAAUGAAGAAAACCAUUCUGUCCCACCACCGAAACGUCUCAGCAAUAGUACAUUGUUGCAGGAUCUACCAAGAGACAGCUGGGACUGCGAGUCCUCAAGCAGUGACAGCAGCAGUAUAGUCAGCAGUCCUGACAGACCGAAUGGACACUUACCAGCUGAAGCCAAUACUAAACCAGGCAACAGCUCGACUAUGCUUCCGUUUUCUGAUUCCAGCGAACAGUCUGCACAAGGCCCGUACUUUCAAAUCAAUCAGAUCCUGAGGGAGGCACACUUCUAUAGCUUACAUCAACGUGGACACCAAACGUGACCAGAAUGGGACUGUGUGCCUUCAAUGAAGGACAGAGACUGUAAAUGUAAUCUUUUGGAGUGGAUGUUUGUACUUAGAUGAUUUAAAUUGCACAAUCUUUUUCCUUUUUUGCUCCAUUUGGUUAAAAGUUUAACAUCUUUUCACUUUUUAAAUGCCCUUGGACAAAUGUAAUAUCAAAAUUGUGCAGGCUAUAAUGGCACAACUGUAGCCUUGAUUGCUUCAUUUACUCUGUUUGGCACUAUUCUAAUUUAGUAAAUCUGUUCACUGUGGAAUUAAUCUGCAAAUAAGCAAAGUCCUCCAGUGAUGUUGCAACAGGAGUUCUUGAAGAAACAAGAAGAAAGUGGCUAUUUUUGAAAAACAGUAGGGUCAACUUGGACUAAAAAAUGUUUUUGCAUUCCACUGCAUUUUAAGAAGUGAUGUGUACUGGAAUAUGACCAGUUUGAGCGUCUUUUAAAAUAAUCUUACUGUACUAGGCUUACAACAGUUUUCUUGGUAUUUUACAACCAAUUUUUCCUUGAGGCUCUAAUACUAUAGCUGAAAAUUUCCACUUAUUGUGAAAUUGCAUUGCCAUUCAGAGACCGAAGCAGAUACAGUAGUGGAAUUUCUAUCAUUAUUUGAGUAAAAAAAUGAAUGCCUCUGCAGAUCUAAGCUGUAUGCUUGGAGUUUUUUUUUUAAAAAUCGGGCUUCAUUCCAAGAAUUUUCAUUCAACCAAAAAAAUGUGAAGAUGGGUUGUGUCAAUCUAGGUUUCCGUAGUUCUUUGUAUUGUGCUGGGCCUGCAUUUGAUACAAGUCAUCUUGUACUAAACCUGAACAUGUCCUUAAAUACAAUAUAGCUUAAACAUUUUCUUUAAAUUAUGCCUCCAGUUGUAAGCAGAUUGUAGAUAUUUAUAUUUUGCCGGUUUUGCAUGCAUAUGUGCUUGGUGUUAAGACAUUCAGACAGCCGUCGAGAGCUUCCUAGAUAGCUCAGUGACUAGCUGAGCUGCACAGACCAUAAAGGUUUGAGUUGUUAAUUUUCUCAGCUGGGGCAACAGUAUAGAGAAUCCAUAAUUGAAGAUGUGCAUCCAGGGACAGGUUCAGACAAAGUACAACAUAAGGUUCAGUCACAAUGACCCUUGUGCUCAAAUUAGCUGCUGACAACUAGACGAGAUGUGCCAGAGGAUGCCUUUGGAACUGUCUUAACUGGGAGUCACACUUCUAGGAGUUUGUGAGGGUAGUCACAAAAAGAAAGAUAAUUUUUUCUCUUUUUAAUUAUUUUAUAUUGUUAUGAUUGGGUAAACAUGUAACAGGUAUGACACAGUCAAUGACAUUCCUAAUUACUCUCAAACCUCAGGGUGCAUAUGCCUGACUCUUGAUUUGGAAUGGGGUUGGGAAUUUGUUCUUUGUCAGGGAUUUUUUUUUUUAAAAAAGUUAUUCGAGAGUUUGAAAUUUUAUUUUAUUUGUAAGUCUAAAGAUACCAAGUUUAACCUUCAGAAGUGAGUACAAAAUUAUUGUAACCAUUUGCAUUCAAUAAAAUCAAUAAGAUAAUUUGAAAUGCAAUCAAGAAUACAGUGUGGAAGCCCGUAAUACAUGAACAGAAUCUUUCAUAUUGUCUUCAAGGUAUUGAGGCUGAAGGCACUGUGUGCUUUUCUAAGCAACAACUGUUAAAUUUUUAUAUACCACUUGCACUGAAGAUCAGGUUCAGUUUGGAGCACUGACAGGAUAAGAUUCCUGACAAUUUUCUCUUAAGUUGUCCAUUUCUGGCUGGUUGUGGAAGCAGCUUGGCUGCUAAAACGUGUGUUCCUAUGACCAGUGAUUUGCUGAGAAAUAAAUCCCAUCAAUUUGAA